AUGAAACUGUUACACCAAACGGAGGAUGCAACAAACGACAGAAAGUUCAUAAAAUCUCAGGUGGAGAAACGUCGAAGGGAGAGGAUGAACCGCAGUCUGGAGCGUCUGAGGACCAUGUUGCUGCAAGAACCACAACAAUUGGGUGGGACUCAGCACAGAGUGGAGAAAGCUGAGAUUCUCGAACACACAGUCCUCUUCCUCCAGAACACUGCCAAAGGAGACAAGACGAGAGCUGGAGAUGGCGGCGGAGGCCAGAAACACUCCUUCCAAGACGGCUUCUCCACCUGCCUGCAGAGGGCUGCUCAGUUCCUGGGACCCGAGGGGAAAGGCUUGUGGCUCGGAGCAGCACUGGAUGCAUGUUUUGCUGCUCGCUUUGCCCGUUCAGACUCUGAUUCUGCAGGCGUCCAGAGAACUGAGGCCAGUUCCUCCUCCAACUCUCUGCCACAGACAAAGUCCAUUCUUCGGAUGCUUAGGCAAAAGUCUAAGCACAGACUGCAUACACGAGCCGUCGGUGUGAACAGUUCUGUUCAUCCCUACCGACUUCCAGUCCAGCAAGGGUUUCCCAGAGUUCCCCAGCAGCCUCAGAAACAAAGUCAGUUGAAGAUCAGGGUGGCGAGUCGAGCAAGCAAACAGAGCCCGUCCCAGAGCUGCCCAGUCAGCCAGACUUUGUGGAGGCCCUGGCCCUGAUGAUCAGGCAGUGACCUUUGAAACUUGAACUUUCAAUGACUCUGACGACUGAUUCAUAUUCACUGGUGCCACCUGUA